AUGGGGAAGGAGAUGGGAAUGGAGAGGGAUAUGGAGAUGGAGAUGGAGAUGGAGAUGGAGAUGAUGAUUGAAUCAAUUGAUAACCUCUUCGGUCAACUAGCCUGGAGAGAUCGAGAAAAGAAGAGGAGCAAGAGGGAGAAGGAGAAGAUAGGCCACUUCCAACACGCAAAGCAGAGAAGAGGAGGAGGAGUAGGAGGAGGAGAAGAAGAAGAAGAAGACGACGACGACGACGAUGAUGGUGAUGAUGAUGAUGAUGAUGAUGAUGAUGAUUAUGAAAAGAGGAAUGAGGGAAAGGGAAAAGAUGCAGGCCAAUUGCACCAGGAUACAAUGAAGCACUGGUCCUGUAACUGA